CGCUAUCACUAUGUCUAGUACGCCCAGUCUUACUGACUACAAGGUCAUCAUGUUCGACGUCUACGGAACGCUCGUUGAUUGGGAGUCAGGCAUCGUGCACGGUCUCAAGCCCAUCCUCGCGGGCACGCCCCUCGCCUCCCGCGAAGCCGCCCUGACAGCGUACCAGAACGUCGAACGCGACCUCCAAACCCGCUACCCGACCAUGCGCUACAGCGAGCUCCUCACCCGAGUCCACGCCGAGCUCGACGCGCGCGCCCACAACCUCUCCGCACCCGCCGAACCCUCCGGGAGCACCGCCGCAACCGUCGAGAGCAGCACCGGCGCGGUCGUCGAAGGUACUACAGUCGGGUCCUCCGCGUCCGCGUCGGAGUCCCCGGACGCGCACACCGCGUUCGGACAGAGCAUCGGCGGGUGGCCGCCCUUCCCGGACACGAUCGCCGCGCUCACGACGCUCAGCAAGCACUUCAAGCUCACGGUCCUGUCCAACGUCGACCGCGCGUCCUUCGCACACACCCAGCGCGCGCUCGAGGGCCCGUCCGACGCGCCGCACUUCCGCUUCUCGGCCGUCUACACCGCGGAGGACGCCGGCGCGUACAAGCCCGAUCCGCGUGCGCGCGAGUACGCGCUGCGCCGCGUGGAGGCAGAGCUCGGCGUCCCGCGGGAGCAGGUCCUCGUCGUCGCGGUGAGCGUGUCGCAUGACGUGCAGCCGUCGAGGGAGAUAGGCUUGGCGACGGCGUGGAUCUCGAGGAAGGGGUCGCUCAUUGGCUGGGAUGGGGACGAGGGGUCGAAGGCGACGUUCAGGUUCGACACUCUGGGUGAGAUGGCGGAGGCGGUCGAGCACGAGGCGAAUGGGGCAUAGGCGAUUGCCUACGUUGUGUUCGCAUGUAUACCUACAGAGUGGGGUAUGAUGAAGCAAUGAUGUAUGUUGUUGGCAGUCUCCCAUCCCUGCUGGGUAAAAGUAAUACGACACUGCACUUGCUGCGUUGGAAUUUCUCUGGGAAGCGUCAAGAUUCGGCAUAUCCAGACGUGAUCCAGAGAGAUGGAGAGUGCAUUAUGGAUCCAUCCCGUGUCAUGGCGAGUAAAGGACGUACACUAAUUCUCGUACAUUAUCG